AUGGCACAACGAAAUACAAUAUCUACACGUAAAGAACCUACGUCAUCAACCAAGCAACAAGUGUCAUCAACGAGAUUUCAAAGUUCAUUAUCUCAACCAACGCCUAUAGAUUCAACAAAUCAACAAAAAUCAAAUAUUCGUCGUCAUUUAACAUUACCAAUAUAUUUAAAUAAUACUUAUCCUCAAAGUCCAGCUGAACGUUAUAUUACUGGUAUAUCACAAACGUUAAUGAGUCCAAAUGAACAAUUAGAUAUUUCACCAGAAACUCCAUCAUCUAUAAUUUCAUCAAUUACUCAAAGUAGUAUCAAUUCAAUUCAACGUCCAAUGAGUCAUGCUGAACUUAUGAAUAGAUGGCAUCAAAAAAAAGCAAAUGAAAUAUGUAAAAAACAAAAACAUCGAUACAUUUAUGGAACACCUUUAUCACCAUCGGUUCAAACACCAACAUCAUUGGAUAUGAUAUUUUCUUCACCAAUGUACUUUAAACCGACUACACCAUCAAAUUUACCUUCACCAUCUCAAAAGAAUGAUUUACAGUUACCUAUGCCAUCAAAUCAUACAGUAAAAAAGAAACGAUAA